AUGUCAGCUUUAGGUAGAAAUCUUGGUAAUUUUAUUCAAACUUUUUCAAAUAAAACUAGUUCAAUUAAAACUGUUAAUGGUUUAAAACGUGGACUUUUACCAUGUUGUGGUUCAACCGUUAGACCAAUUGCCAAAGAUAAUCAUCACCAAUCACCAGUCUUAAAUGUAAACAGAUCAUCAAUUUCAGGUAUUAGAACUGAAUUAUUCAAUAGCAAUGGUUUAAUUACUCAAUUCCAAGUUAGACAAUAUUGCAGUGAAUCAAAAUUACAAGUAUCACCAACACCAAAAACUUUAUUAUCAGAAAUUUGUCAAAGAGAAAUCACUGAUUUCAAAACCAUCUUUGAAGAUAACAAUAACGAAGUCGAUAGUUUUUUAGAGGAAUUUGGUUUCGAAUUAACCAAAGAAGGUGACCAAGCAUUAUUAAAGAAAACUUUUGCCGAUGGUACCAACAUUGUCAUUCGUUUUGAAACCUUGGAACAACCAAUCGAAGAAGAUUUCGAUGAACAAGACGAAAACGAUCAAAAUGAACGUGACGAAGAUGAUGCUGAAGAACAAGAAGAAGACGAAGUCGAAGAAGAGGAAGAAGAACAACAAGAAGAAGAAGAAGGUGAAAAUGAUGAAGAAUUAACUGAAGGAGCCGAAGAAGAUUCCCACGAACACCCAUUCGAAAUUGAAGUCACACCAAAAGGUAACGCUUCCGGUAAACUCACUUUUGGUUGUUAUGCUUCACACGACGGUAACUACACUGUCUCUGGUUUCUACAAAGGUGGUUUCGGUGAAACUGUAAACCCAGUCGAUAUUGGUGGAACUUCAAUGGAAUUCCAAGACAAUAUCUUAUUAGUUUUACAACAAUACGGUAUCAAUGAACGUUUAUCUUUCUUCAUCCACGAUUAUGUCCACAACAAGAAAAUCAAUGAUUACGUUGAAUCAUUCGAAGCCUUAAAAGAUUUUGUUUCAAAAGAAUAA